CCACGCAUUUCCCAGCUCUUUACCUCUCACAAUGACUGUCCCCAAUGGCACCAAGGCCGGUAAACCGGUUCUUUUCUUCGACAUUGAUAACUGUCUCUACCCAAGGAGCAGCAAAGUACAAGAUCUCAUGGCUGAGCUGAUUGACAAGUACUUCGAAGAGCAUCUCAGCCUGCCUUUUGACGAGGCCGCCAAACUUCACCAGGAAUACUACACCAACUAUGGACUGGCCAUUGAAGGGCUGGUUCGCCACCACCAGAUUGACCCCUUGGAGUACAACGCCAAGGUCGACGACGCUCUGCCCCUAGAGGGAAUCAUCAAGCCCAACCCAGAACUGCGCCAACUGCUCGAGGAUAUCGACAGGAGCAAGGUGAGGGUGUGGCUUCUCACCAAUGCCUACGUCAAUCACGGAAAACGAGUCGUGAAAUUGCUCGGCAUCGAUGAUCAGUUUGAAGGCCUCACAUUUUGCGAUUACGCCGAAAUGCCCUUGGUCUGCAAGCCUCACGAAGACAUGUAUAAGAAGGCCAUGAGACACGCUGGAGUGGACCAAAUGGAAGACUGCUUUUUCGUUGACGACAGCUACGCCAAUUGCGCCGCCGCGAAGAAAUUAGGCUGGACAGCAGCGCACCUGGUGGAGGAAGACGUUCCAGCUCCCAAGAUUCAAGCGUCGCAGUAUCAGAUUCGCCACCUACGCGAGCUGCGAGACGUCUAUCCCCAGUUUUUCAAGAGCACUUCUGCUGCUUCCUGAAGAACUCAAGGAGCAUCGACUUGGACUUGGUGAUUUGCGCAUUAUACACCCUGCAAUUACGAUAAACUCCUUUGAUAGCCACAUAGACAUAUCCAAUACAUAUAGAUACCUUGGAAAUAGCGGAGAAUAACACUUUCUGGUCCGCAUUAUUUCCCAAAUCUACCCGGUGGUCUUGUAAAAGAGAACUGCCGAAGCCCAGUCAGAUUUACCCAAACGCCUCGCUAUGCAAUUAAAGCAGAUUGAUGAGCUUCUACACGUGCGGAAUAGAAGCACACGCGCAGCUCACGGCCGUCGCAAGGUGCGGAUGAUUGCGUCAAGCUCGGUCAGUAUGUUGUCCCUCUCCUUCAGCGCUUCCACGCGCUGAGUCUUGGCCGUCUUCAGGUCCUCCUCGAGGUCCUUGAUAUGCCGCUCCUGAUCUUGUUGACUGUUGUCGAGUCCGGGCAGUGUAGAGAUGAGGACUUCGAUUUGCUGUUCUUUGACAAUCAAGUCGCGCGACAGCUCGACCAUGCCGGCCCGAAAGUCUUGGGGAGGCAGUGCGUCCACUUCUCUUGGAGCUUGCUCCUUGGGCUCGCGGAUCUUGUCUUUCGGGCCUAGCGUCUGGAGGUCGUGGUGGGCGUGGACGAAGUGCAGAGCAGCAACGAGCUGCUGAGCAAACUGGUCAACUGCAUCUUGCAGCUGCGUGAGUCGGUCCC